GUAACAAUUAAUUAAUUUAUAUGAAUGGCAGCUGCAAAAUUUACUGGAACGGGUGCAUCAUUUACCACGACCUCUAUUUCAGAUUGCACCAGGUUAUUGGAAAAUUUAAUAUGGAUAGUGCAAAUGUCAUCCCAUCUACCCAACCACAGAUUUAUCGAUCGUCUGUACCAUGUGAGUGUCAUUGUUUAGCACGCAACUGCUUCAAUGCAAACUGACAUUAAUAUUUUCCCUUGAAUCUCAUUUGUUUAGGGAAACGUCGAGCAGUGUUUAUUCAUCCUGAAGAUCAGUACCAACGCUGUGUUUUAUCUGCUGAAGAGGAAGAAGCAUUUGAGAGAGGUGUGUUAUCUGUGUUUUAAUUUUUCUAAUUAGUUCAUCUAUUCAAUGAGUAAUACAUGGUUUUAUAUUUAAAUUCUGCAGAAGAAGCCGCCUUACAAUUCCAACUCUCUCAACUUCGGCGAAUACUAUCCCAAGUCGCCCGUAAGAGAAGACAUCAUAUUUUGAAACAGAAGGUUCAUAGGAGGGGCUUGCCUUUUGAACACCAAGGUUGUUGUUUGCUAAAUUUUGUAGCAAGUCUUACAAAUUAGGCUAUUCUAGAUUGUUGAAUCUUUAUUUAUUUCUUUAAUAUCGUAUGUGUUUUGGUGUUGUUCAUAGUUUUGGAGCCGGAGUUUAGAUUUCUAUUACAAAAGCAAAGUCGAUUGAGUAGCUAAUUCGUAUGCAUUGGUUAUCAUGUCCUUGAGAAUGGUAACAUUUUUCGUGACGGAGUAGAUGCUGCCCUUUGUUUCUUUUCACAAUGACUAGGUUCAGAAUACGGAGUCUUUCACAAAACAUAAUUUUAUUAUCCAAUUAGCACAAUUAAUUAAAUUUUUGUUUACUCAUUUGGAACAGUAAAACGUUGUUUGAAGAUACAUGUUAAUAAGAUAAGCUGUAUCACUUCAAUUCUGGUCAUCAUGUUUUGUAAAUUAAUAACAGUUCUUAUCACUGUAAUUUUAUUUACUCAUGUGUUUGUGGUUUUAUUGUUAAAUGGAUAUUAGGAGGUUAUUCGUUUCCUUCCUCACGAGCAACUAAAAUGUAUCUCAACAUCCAUUGUCCUCACUUGCAUCCUUUGUUAAACCAGUAAGCUUCAUAAACCUCUAUUUUUGAAACUUUAAAUUCUAAUGUGUGUGGUAUCUGUUGAUAGUGGUAAUUCUGGUUAAUUUAUUAUCAGGGAAGAUGGACCCCAAUUUGGAUCUAACUAUAUUGUUGGACCAUUGCUAUACGAGGAAGCUCUCGACAUAUCUGAGCACACCACGGUUCCAUAUCUUAAUAUGAUAAAGUUAAGUCUGUAUAGUACGGUAAGUCACUCAAACUCAACUAAACACCUAUUUUUUUAAAACACAGUCAUUACCCAAUUCAACAUUUGCUUCAUUUUCGUCAUCAAUAACCCAUGUGUCUGUUUUAGGGGACGGUAUACAUCUUGACAGGAAAACUAAAAGCCAUUGGAAUUUCAACUUUGGCGCACUCUAUGGUCAGUGUUGUGCAUUUCACCAUCAAUGAUGUAACUGAGGAGCUGGAAGUUGUGUUUCCCUCUGUCAACCUUAGACGCAUUGUUGGUGAUGUGGUUGCGGAGACAAAUAUCGAUUGGGACACUAACAUCAUCGCCAUUCUCAACUGCAUUGAUUUGAAGUAUUACCAGUUUGUCAUUGAAGUUGGCGCGUGGAACUGCAUGGUCCGUCACUGUGAUUUGGUUUUGCUGAAGAUGUUCUCUGCUGCCUUUUAAGGAUGGAGUGCUUUUAAUGGAUUCCUGGUCUGUGUUCCUAAAUAUCAACUACACUCAAACAUUUAAUAGGAAGUGGUUGGCUAGGCAUUUCUCAUCAUUCGGCUCUAUUUACUACCUCCACCGUACUUUUUUACUGUUAUUUGUGAUGAUAAGAUUGUUGGAGCUUAGCCUUUUAGUUUCAUGGUUUUGUUUUAAAACACCCAGUGUGCAAGAGAUUAGCUGUAAUUGAUUUCCUCAACUUUGUUUAUAAUGGAGAAUCACUUAUGUAUUUGGAUUGGUUUGCUGCUGUUUUACAAGAUGGUAGUUAAGCAGAUAGGCUGUCAGAACGUAUGCGCAUAUGAACCAGGAAAUAUUGUCUGGUUUGUGUUAUGCACUUGAUUAUUUUUUUAGUCCUGGUUAUGAUCCAAUGUGAAUUAUUUGUAUAAGAAACAUAUUUUUGCAGAAUUUAGUUACAAUCUAACAAAUAUCAUCAACUUUUAACUAUUACAUUCACAAAAUGAAAAAUGAAAUAAUUUUUUAUUAAUUACAUUAAUUAUGAUAUCACUUUGCUUAUGGAGAAUUUAACUAUUAUCACACUUGAUUUGCGAGAUUUUCUUCUCAUUUACCUACAAUAAUUAUUUUAUAAAUUAACCUAUAUAAAAGGAUUUAAAUUCAUUCAGUAGUGACUCGAGAUUAAUUAAUUAGUGAUACUUUAAGCAUGGUUCAGUUUUUUUUUUUUUUUAGAAACCUGAUUUCAUUAUGAAAUCGGAAAAUAAUAAAGAGUUGGACCAUGAUCCUUGAAAGAUAGAAGUCUAAACAAAUCGUAAAGUUGAGCCCACCCAAAACACAAAAUGAAAACUCACCCACAAAUACAUAAAUCAGAAAAAAACACAAGAGAAAAACUCCAAAGCCCACCCCAACACCCACGGUAACCCAACCCAGAAAAAACCCAAACACACCAAACACCACAACCCAGCCCACAAAACAACCCAAGCAUGGUUCAGUUAAAUAAAAUAUAGUUAGAGAGGGAAUGCCCAGCCGGAUUAGUUGAAACUAAAUGGCCAACCUGUUCCCAUAAAAAAAAAAGGCCAACCUACACUACCUUGGGCGGAUCCUUCUCCACUCCCCCACCUCCUCUACUGCCCAGUAUCCGAUUUUUUUGGAUCUUCUAUGAGGUGAAGGCUGCCGCAUUCCAAGCCAUUAUUUCUUUAUUAAAUACAUUCAUUAUGAUUUUCAUUUCAUGUUAAUUAGUGGUGGUGUGGGCCGGCCGGGUUGGCGCAUCAAAUAAUAAUUAGCAACUUUGAGAGGCAAUUUUGGACAAGAAUUGUUGACACAGUCGCAAUUAGCAAUGUUGUUAAAACGGAACCGGACAUCGAUCCGGAUUAGUAAAGGGUACAAGGUUUAUCAAAUAACCGGUGGUUAAUCGAUAUUAAAAAUCGAUCAUAAACCGGUGUUGACUUACUUGGUAGACUUAACAAUUAUUUUUUUUUUACAAUUAUUGUUUCACUUAUUAGAGAUAAAAGAAUAAAGUGAGAAUUAUUAAAACUGAAAAAGCAUAAUUUGGGCGGCUGCUAGGUCUUUUUUGGAAAAAGUGAACUGAUUUUUCUUCUCUUUAUAUUUUAUUCUGUACUUACCUUCUUUUGUUUUUGAAUUUUUAAUUGCAACAAAAUAAAAGGAAGGCGCAUGUUUGAUUUUAAGAAGGUGGGCCGUUCCCCUCAAAAAAAAAAAAAAAAGAAGGUGGGUCGUGAGUUCCGUGACACACCCGCCUCUUGAACUCUAAAUGGCCAACCUUCUCCACUCCCCCACGAGGCCACAAAUCCUUCUCCACUCCCCCAUUAUCCCACUUUCCACAGACACACGUACUCCACUGCAUGCGGCCAAGUAAAUCACGUGUGUAGAA